UCUUGAUUAUCAAUUAUGGCAGAAAAAAAGAGAUCGAACGAAGGACAGUACUUCCUUCAAUUGAAAAACUUUAUCGAUUUGAACCAGAACGAAGCCGAUCGUGUGGAUUUCGACUGUAAGCCAACCAAAAAAAAGAUACAUUUUCAGGAGGGACAAAGAUCUAAGAUAACAUCAUCGGAAAUUAAACGCAAAAUGUCGAAAGCGUGUGAAGAUUUUAAAAGAGCAUUUAAAAUUGCCGAUAAACCACAGAAGCAAAUGCCAAGGAAUCUUGAAAGAAAAAAUAUUUUAGGAAAAAAAUCUGAUAAAGUCUCGCAGGCAGGAACUUCCGAAAAGCAGGAUAAAUCCCUAACCAUAACUAUCAAUAAAGGAACACAACGUCGUCUGCGAACUGCUCUGAAAUUGCUAGAUCUUUUCGAGGGCAAAUAUAGCAGUGAUAGCGAAAGUUCGAUGGAUUCCGAGUCUUUACAUGGUUCAGUCAAAAGAAGUACUCGACGAUUGCAAGCUAUGCAGGAUCUCUCACCCAGAGAUUUUCUUGGUCUUUGCAGGGACUGCCGAACACGGUGCAGAGGUUGUGGAAGACGUCCUUCGGCAGUCCUUAUGGCAAAACGUAGACGAUGUUAAAAAGGAAAGUGGAGAAUGAGAUGUGUCACAAAAACAAAGAUAAAACCGUAGAUGUAAGGUCCCUGAGUUUGUUUUCCCUAAUAUGUUUUUAACAAAUAGAUUCCUUUUUCUUACUAAGAAUCUGAUUUUCACAAAUAUAUAAUUUCUG